GAAAAGUUCGAGAAGGAAGUGGAAAGCAAGGUGCGCCUCACGCUUCCCGACGUGGAGCGGCGCCUGCGAGCGGAGCUCGAAGAGGAAGCUCGCUCGCGAGUGUCGGCAGACGGGGGCCGUCUCGAGAGGGAGGUGCAGGACUCCUUGCAGAAGGAGGCAGAAGAGAAGACCAGGAGAAUGCUCCCGGAGCUGGAAAGGGAGGCUCGGGCGAAGCUUGCGAAGCAGGCGGAGGAGGCGGCCGCCUCUGCGUUGCCGGAGCUGGAGCGGCAGGCUCGAGAGAAGCUGGUGGUCGAGGCGGAGGACAAAGUGAGGGCAACGGCAGCUGCAAGCAUCGAGAAGGAGAUUCGAGACCGACUCAGGAAGGAGGCCGAGGAGCGCAUCAAAGCUGAGCUUCCUGAGAUUGAGCGACAAGCCCGCGAACACUUCAUGGCUCAGGGCCCGCCGCCGCCUGCGCCGAUGACCCCUGUUGCCCCGGUCGAGCCUCCUGUCGCCGUCCCAUCAUUGCAGGCCGACGCUGCCCAGGCCGAGCGCCUCGCGCAACUUCAACAAGUCGACAGGGAGCACCAGGAGAAGCUCCGACAAUUAGAGGCAGAGUUCGCACGCCGCUGCGAAGAGCGCACACAGCAGCUGACGGCAGAACUCGAAAGGAAGAGUCGAACAGAGGCUGAAAGACAGGUGGAGGAGAAGACGCGCCGCUUUUGUGAGCAGUUGGAGAAGGAGAAGCUAUUGCAGAUGGAAAAAGAAGUUCAGGAGAAGUUGCGCCCAUCAUCCGCAGUUCUCGAGCGGGAAGCGUGGGUCGUGCUUGAGAAGGAGGCCGAGGAGCGUGUCAGAAGCUCGAUCCCAGAGUUCGAGCGGGCGGUGAAGGAGCGGCUGGAAAGGGAUGUGGAAGCAAAGGUCCGGGCUUCCCUGCCACAGCUCGAGGCACGCCUUCAGCAGGAGCUGGAAGCAGAUGCCCUCAAGCGCGUUUCGGCGGAUCGACAUCAGAUGGAAGAGGCGGUACGGAGGCGGCUUGAGCUGGAAGCUGAUGACAAAGCCAGGAGAGGUCUUCCAGACAUGGAAAGAACCGCACGGGAGAAGCUCCAGAAACAGGCUGAAGACACGGCCGCGGCCAUCGACAAGGUCGCUAUUGCGGCCGAGGAGAAGGUACGGGCAACCGCCUCCAGCAUUGAGGCUGAGAUCAGAGAGCGUUUGCGGAGAGAGUCGGAAGACCGAAAGGCUGAGCUCCCUGUCCUGGACCGAGAGGAACGCGAGCGGAUUCGCAAGGAAGUCGAACAGCGUGAGGAGCUGAAAGUUCGUGAAGCCGCCGUGAUGGACAGACAACACCUCCUGGACGAGAGGGAGGAGGUCUUAAAGGGCGCAGAGAGACUUCUUCGCCGCCGCGAAGUUGAGAUAGAAGGCCAAGCGAUUCGCUGGGCGCAGAUGCAGACGUCGCCGCCGCCUCGAAACGACGGGGCCUCUGGCCUCGCCGGUACUUGGCCGAGCCCGGCCGCGCCGGUCGAAAGUGCUGUGGAGCGUCCAACACUUGCAGUCACCACUCAAGCGGGCACUGCUGCGGUGCAAGGCAGCGCUGGCAAGAUCGGAACCGGAACUGUCGAGUCGCUGGACCUGUCGCCGCAAGAUGCCUCUCCCGGAGAGGAGGCCAAGGGCGAAGGCGUGGAGGCCGCGCCACAGUCCACGAAUCCGCCCGGCGAGGCUGCACCUCUUCAGGAGUUGGACGAGGAGAUCGAGGAGAUGCUUGCAUCCGUGGUCACCAUGAAGCCCCAGGCGCAGGCGGAGAGGACAAUUGACCCUGCAAAUGUAGCAUCCUCUCCGAGACUUCGCAACCAUCCCCGACAGGAGCCGCGAGGCUUAUGGGAGCUGACGCAGGGCCGACGCCGUCAGCUGAAAAAGCAGCGUGCAGCGCUGCUGGUUGAGCUGGAACGAUGGCGUCUCGACUGUGCUGGGGCCUCGCCGGCAGAGCGUCCAGCACUUGCAGAGAUGAAGAGCAGACUCGACGAACGCUACGCACUCGUGCUAGAAGGCAUCCGAGAAACGCGAGCAGUCGAACGCACGCUACUUCAUCUUCGAGACCGCGACACCACUGUCGGGCCUGCGCAGACGGAGGGGCUUCUGGAAUACCCAAGCAUGAGGCCCUCGACCGCGGCCGCUGAGGUCGCCGCCCGAAAUCUCGUGGAGCGCUGGCGGGCAGAGCGUCUGCCAGGCUCGAUCUCCAGACGAAGCGGUGCAUCUUCUGCCAGGUAUGCAAGUUCGGCUGUCCCGGCCUGGUCUGCCCACCGGCGUGAAGCACUGACAGCGCGUGACCUGCUCCGGAGGCAAGAGGUGUGGCCGAGAGGACUUUCCGGCACAAGCUAUGCCGACUACACCUGA